AUCACCUGUUGUUAUAUUAAUAAAAACCACGUCUCUUUUUUCUUCUUUUAUGCAGCUUUACCAACAAGGCCGACUAUGCCAGCUGGGUAGUGAAUUCUGUGAAUUAGAAGUUUUCGCCAAAGUGCUUCGAGCUUUAGAUAAAAGGCAUCUCCUUCAUCACUGCUUUCAGGCACUGAUGGAUCACGGAGUAAAAGUUGCUUCGGUCUUGGCCUAUUCAUUCAGCCGGAGGUGUUCCUACAUCGCAGAAUCAGAUGCUGCCGUAAAAGAAAAAGCGAUCCAGAUUGGGUUCGUCUUAGGGGGGUUUCUGUCUGAUGCUGGCUGGUACAGUGAUGCCGAGAAGGUCUUCCUUUCCUGCCUUCAGUUAUGUACCCUUCAUGAUGAAAUGCUCCACUGGUUUCGUGCUGUCGAAUGUUGUGUCAGGUUACUACAUGUCCGGAACGGCAACUGUAAAUAUCACUUGGGAGAAGAAACCUUCAAAUUAGCACAAUCUUACAUGGAAAAACUCGCCCAGCACGGCCAGCAAGCCAACAAGGCUGCCCUCUACGGAGAGCUGUGUGCUCUGCUCUUUGCAAAGAGUCAUUACGAUGAGGCUUACAAAUGGUGUAUAGAAGCAAUGAAGGAGAUCUCGAUUGGUUUGCCUGUAAAAGUAGUUGUGGAUGUUUUACGACAAGCCUCAAAGGCAUGUGUUGUGAAACGUGAAUUCAAGAAAGCCGAGCAGUUGAUAAAACACGCAGUAUACCUAGCACGGGAGCAUUUUGGAGCCAAACAUCCUAAAUAUUCAGACACUCUACUUGACUAUGGAUUUUAUUUACUCAACGUAGAUAACAUAUGCCAGUCAGUUGCAAUUUAUCAGACAGCCUUGGACAUCAGACAGUCGGUGUUUGGCGGCAAAAACAUCCAUGUAGCUACAGCUCAUGAAGAUCUGGCAUACUCUUCUUACGUUCACCAAUACAGUUCGGGAAAAUUUGAUAAUGCACUAUUCCAUGCAGAACGUGCAAUUGGCAUCAUCACCCACAUUCUCCCAGAAGAUCAUCUCCUCCUCGCCUCCUCCAAAAGAGUUAAAGCGCUUAUCUUGGAGGAGAUCGCAAUCGACUGCCACAAUAAGGAAACGGAGCAGAGGCUGCUCCAAGAAGCUCAUGACCUGCACCUCUCCUCUCUCCAGCUCGCCAAGAAAGCCUUUGGGGAGUUCAAUGUUCAGACAGCAAAACACUACGGCAACCUUGGCCGACUGUAUCAGUCAAUGAGGAAAUUUAAGGAAGCAGAAGAGAUGCACAUCAAAGCAAUUCAGAUCAAGGAGCAGCUGCUGGGUCAAGAAGAUUACGAAGUCGCUCUUUCAGUGGGACACCUGGCCUCGCUCUACAACUACGACAUGAAUCAGUACGAAAACGCUGAGAAGCUUUAUUUGAGAUCCAUCGCAAUUGGAAAAAAGCUUUUUGGGGAAGGUUACAGCGGACUAGAAUAUGACUACAGGGGCCUCAUUAAACUGUACAACUCCAUUGGCAAUUACGAGAAAGUAUUUGAAUACCACAACAUCUUAGCCAACUGGAACCGAUUGAGGGAUCGGCAGUUUUCAGUCACAGAUGCCCUGGAGGAUGUAAGCACCAGUCCUCAAUCAACUGAACAGGUUGUCCAGUCUUUCCUGAUGUCUCAGACCGUCGAAGGACCCAUUUGCUAAGGAACUUGGUCGAUUUUACCAAUUCUUGUUUCAUUCUUCGUUUUCCCCCAGAUUUACACGGGAAAAGUCAUACUGUGAAAUUCGAAACCAUAUAUAUAUAUCUAUAUAUUUUUUUUUCUUUUCCCCCUCCUUUCCCGGAGCUGUUUAAAAAAAAAUUGCAUUGAAACACUGGUCCAGUCCAUAAAAAUCCCCAUUUGGGGGAUGACGUCAACUUUUGAUGGAGUGACCGUGAGCCGGACAUGUGCUGAAUGCACGAGCGUGAGCACAGCAUAUUUUGUUUGGGUUCAAGGUGCGUGUGUAAUCUAUGUGGUUCACAAACACGUACACACAAGCGUGUACGCGUGGGGGGGAAAAAAGAUCUCUAAUAAUCUUCUCUAAUUUUUUUUUUUGUUCUAAAAAAAAAAAAGCCACUUUACAAGAAAUCGCUGCAAAGACUAGAGAGAAAUAAAACCAUUUAACAGUUUUUAAAGAGUUGCAUUCUUAAUUGAGAAAAGAGGGUGGCAGGAUUAUUUUCUUUCUGCAGUAAACAAAAGAGUUUUGUUCAGUAUUAGGGCCUGCAGAAUCUGGAUGCAAAGGAGAAAAGUACGAUCAGGACUUGUGUCCAGACAGAUACCUAGCUUCUGUUGGGGGAAUGUGUUUUCCUGGGCUCACGCAGCAGUGGCAACCUGCCGUUGACCCACAGUGCCAGAAAUAGAUGGCGUAAGAAUUUCCCUGCCUGAUCAAGCUUGCUCCUAGCCCCUUUUUUGUCCUCUGCACCCAGAUCUCCACAGUAGGUUUGAUUUUUUUUUAAAAAAAUCAUUCAGAAGCAAAAACCUGCACAUGUACAGAAAGAAUCUGGGAAGUUUUCUCCUUCUCAACUUAAAGCAACAGAAAUUUCUUUGGAGAAGGAACACGUGUUUGUGAACAGCUCUUUGGGCCUUGGAGAAGAGGUGUGUAAACUGGACCAAUGGGUUCUCUCGCCAUCGUGGUGAGAAGUCUCCAAAACAAACCCCUUGGGCCUCAACUUGCUUUCUUCUUGUAAUAUAGGCAAGGUGUUUAUUUGGUUUAUUCGGUUUUUACUUUUUCUGUGUGUGACAGGACCAGAAUAAUUUAAAGUGGACCAGCCUGCCCUUCGGAAAAAGAAGUUGUGAAACAGUGCCUUGUGUGUACUGUUUCUCACGCUCUCCCGUGUUCCCUUUGACCUGCUGGAUUAAUUUAAUGAAAGGUGCAUUUUCAACAAUAUCCGAGACAUGGCAAGACAGAACAGAGAAUAUAUUAGUAGCUUCCACCGUUUUCAGCCGUUGCAAUGAUAAUGCCUUUUAAACUAUUAUGGAUACACACUAAAUGUUACUUUGCAUAAACAAGCCUUUUUAAAACGCUUCUCCAUCCUUCCCCUUCUGCCUUUUCAAACUAGGCUGUCUCUAAAGACUGUAGCUUGCUUGGGCUAACUUGAGUUGUUUUUCUUCUAAAAGCAUCUGGUUUUAUUUUAUUUUAUAUCUUUGGAGAUGACCAUUCCUUUUAUACUUUGCAGAGGUCACUGAAAUAAUAUCCAAAGAAGAAGAAAAAAGCACAGCAAGGCAGUCACGGUCUCUCUUGCUUCCCUUUCUGUUUUUAAGCCUCCUUGUUUUUGUUAACACUGAACAAACAACCACAAUGUGAUUUCCUUAACUUCAUUUUUAAAUGCUUGUCGUUUCCUUUUCUGUUUUUUUAAGCGUUAAUGCCUAUCUCAUUAGCUUGUCUUAAUUUGAGGGUGGGGUUGCCUUUUCUUUUUAGAUGAACUGUCUUUUAAAUGUUGAGGUAAUAAUUGAAAUUUUGAAAGACCUGGGGAGUCUGUGCCCAGUUUGGAGAGGAGAAACAAAAAACUUGCUCUUACCUCAGUUUUAAAUAUGGGGACACUGACAUUGUCUCUGUAUAUCAAAGUAUUGAUGGGUAGCCACCCCUAUUUUCAGGGGUUUUAUAAGCUGCCAGGGAAAGAGCUUUGGCUAGCAGAAAGCACCUCUAGGAUUUGGAAUGAAUUUUAUUUACCAUUUUAAUUUUGGGGGGAGGGGAAUGAAAGAUCUGCAUGUCUGUUCUUAAAGUCAUGGACUCCACAAAGAAUAGCAAUGAGUGGCUUUGUAUAUUCCUCUUUAUCCUGGAUAUAGCAAUACCAUUGGCUUUUAAAGUAGAAUAUUGCAGGACAGUCCUUUUUGUUUUGAACUAGUGCCUUUCAAGAAUUUCUUUCCCUCCCUCCCUCCCUCCCUCCUUCCUUCCUUCCUCCCUCCCUCCCUCCCUCCCUCCCUUACCCAGAGGUGGGGUAUCUUGUAAUUCUUUGGUGAAAAAUUUGUAAGCAAAUUUUAUGCGGGGACAGACCAGGGCAAAAACACUCUGUACUUUGAAAGAGAAUAGACAGUUGGUUCCACGGAGGUUGGCAUUUGAUUUGGGGGCAUGGCGUCUUGAGUUUGGGAUCAGUCCCUUGAAAAGGUGGUUGGGAAGUGAACAUUAGCAAUCAGAAAUUCUGCUUUCCUUGGGACUCUGACCAGAAGAUUUGGGGUAGCAAGGACAUAUGAAAAACACACCUCCACCUGGGCUGGUGUCUCUAGUAAGAAUUUGCAGAUCUUCAGUCCUGUUUGCAGACAGCUGUAUGGGUGCUCUUAAUAUUUUAAGACUGUUUUUCCCCCCAGUCUUAUAAUAAGGUGUGUUUCUAAGAGGUUCACUAUUUUAAGCGGUUGGCUAGUUUGUCUGGAGAGUUGUUGCUUCUUUGUUUGGUUUCUGGAUCUUAGGACUUCCCCUGGCCUUUUCAAACUCAUUGCUAACUUUUGUCUUUAAGCAGGAUUCUCUAUCAGAGUGGCAGUGUAAACAUUUCACUUCACCCCAUCAUAAGUUUUAAAACCAUUGCUUCUCUCUCUCCUUCCCCAUCUCCUCUCGUGCAGAGGCUGCCUGUUUCCUAAAUCAUGUCGCUUAUAUUCUCACUUGCAUUGAGUUGAGGGGAAAUUAAAUAAAUCCCAAUCAAUUUUUUCGUGCUGGCAGGUUGCAUCGUCCUAACCAUUCCGGCUAACAGGAAGAAGGGAGGAGGACAGUACCCAAAAGAAAUGUGCCUGGAACGCACCACCACCCCUGCCCUGCCCCCAUUUGCAGUGAAAACACGGGAAAUAUUGUCUCCAUCUUUAGAGAAAGUCCCCCCCCCCCCCCUUACAGGGUUGGUUCAUCAGUUGCAGCCCCAUCCUCCCAAAUUUUUCAUUGCAGAAUUAGCCAGACCCGUGUUGGUGGCAUGUUGUCUGAACUGAGCUCCCAGAUGCUGGCUCUUAAGUCCGUUGAUUUUGGAAAUCAUGACACGCUAAAUUCUCACAGCCGAGUAAAGCCAUGCAAAAAGAUUCUUGAUUUUUUCCUAGCCUUCCCGAAUUCCUCGAGAUUAGACUGCUCCCAGUUCUUCUGCUGUUUUCUUGAAAACCUUGCUUUCUCGUGGUGACCAGCAAGUUAAUAAUUCCAGGGUGCCUCCCUGAGUCUUAGACCAGUCUUUUCCAACUCAGCCUUUGUCAAGAUCUUUUGGAUCACAAGUCCCAUCCUCCUCCCCGCCCAUUAUUGCUGGUCACUGGAGGUGAGGAUGAUGGCGUACUAUAAAGCAUGUGGAAAAUUGGCUGCAGUUGCUUUCUCUUUUCCUAAGUGCAAUUAAAACUUGCGGGGGGAAGGGGGGGGGGCGGACUGGAUCGAUGGAUAGUUUGAACUCCAAAUCAGAAAGAGAAACCUGAGAAAACUCAUGAGUUUUAAAUCUUUGGCUGUUGGAAAGACAGGACUGGAAAUAAUGGUGAGCUUUGAGUAAUUUCUUUGGUUGGUGUUUUUUGAGUUGGGGUUAUCCUUCCCAUGCCAGUUCAAGUAUAGAUGUUGCCAAUGAUAUAAAUGUUUAUUUUUCUAAUCCAUAUCAUUUGUUUUACAUCGUGGGUGGAUUUUGGAACAUGAGAAUAUGUUUUUUAUCACUAAAGUAGAAGAUCCAAAUUCCGUUCCUCAGUGAAUCAUGGAUAGUGGCACCACAAUGAGCCAGUUGUGAAGUUUGGUGUACAGUAUUUGCAAGGAAUUAUUUAUCUAAUCUGUUCCCCCAUCCCAGUAGUUAAUUUAACAACAUAUCUUCUUUUUCCCCGAUCCCUUUGCCUUCACCUACCCAGAAAUCACAAUAAGCUGUUAUUUAGAUCAGGGGAAUCUCCAAACGGGACAACCUUAACACUUGUGGACUUCAACGCCCAGAAUAUCUCAUGGCUAGCUGGGGAGUUCUGGGAGUUGAAGUCCACAUGUCUUUUGCCAAGUUUGGAGACUCCCUGAGUUUGGAGAGCUACUGGGAGCAGAAAAAGGAGAAUUCUUGUGAAGUCAGAGGGUAGGUCUUAUUUCAGAGUCACUUUUGAACACUGCCAGCAAUGCCAUGGGACCCACUGGAAAAGAGAGCGAAGGGCAAACUUUUCUAUGUGGUUGUGCUGAACUACACCAAACUUCAGGUGUGUUGCUGUUAAUGAAAGUCCGAGAGGGUACAGGGGUAUUCAAGUCUAGGCCAAUUAAACUGUUGCACACGGAAGAAACUCCAGUUGUUGUUACACCCUUGGGAAGUUGGGUUUGUGGUCAUUCCUUUUUUUUUCACCGUUCUCCUUACUCUCGAGAGCUUGUGUUGCGAAAUAGUUUUGCACGGUUGUGUGAAGCGCUUUGAUUAGGGUUUUGUCAAAAUUGUAAUAAAUAUAUGAGGAUUUACCCGUGCGAGCAAAGUGUUCUGUCCCCCAGGAAGUGAAAUAGGAAAUAUUUACUCCUUCCUUUGCUUGGGGUUUUUGGCGUUGUGAAAACUCAUUUUGGACUUCCAGUUCUUUGCCCGUUUGAUCAGGAUUGUGAAUGGUGAGCAUGGGCGUUAGGGAAACUAGCAGAGCAGAGGCUUAAAAUCUGACACAGAUAUGACAUGUUGCUAUUAUUAUAGGUCUUUUUCCUUCCAUAAAAUUAUAAUUAUUGCAGAAUUUUUCCCGCAGAGCUGCUCGCAGCUGCUUUAAAGAAUUAAAUGGCUCUUGAAAGAACCUUUCAGGUAUAGGGACUUGUUCAGAGGCGAUUCAUUUGUUUAAUUUUCUCUUUCAUUUUGGCCUUCUGUUGAAGUUUGGCUGGAGGUGAUGAAACAAGAGAAUGGGAGAAUCCAGCUUGUCCAGUCUACUUUCUUCAUAGUAUCUUAGUUAAGCAAAGACGGCUAUCCUAACUAUACACUUGUUUUGUACACAACACAAUUCCUUUGUGAAUUUUGAGGAGUUGGUGGAGGGAUGCUUUAGCCAGGCAACCGGGAUAGGAACAAUCACCUCAGUUGCAAUCCCUGGAUUAAGCCGUUUCUGGAUUUAAGCUGUUGAUUUCUGUGGAAAACGAUUUGUGAGCCUAGAAUGUUGUGUUUACUUUUGGUGGAUAUCUACAGGGCAGAGUUCACACAAGAGGUGGUUUAGGAUCCACCCCAUCCACACACACACCCCCAGGUGCAUUGAUGGAGCUGGAACCGAGUUGGUUGCGGUUUGAGGUGACGGUUUUAAAAAUUCUCUCCUGUUCCCAAGGAUGCAAAUCGCUUCGUGGCUUGUACAUGGUAGGGAACCCUUGAACCCAGGACAAAUAUAGUUUGAACUUGUCCGCUUCUGUACACAAAAGGACACAAUCUAGCCAAAGUGGACGACUCCUUCAGACCGUUUGGAGUCUCUCACCAAAACCCAAGAGGGCUUGUAAAAAAUUGCCCCAAAGUUGUCUUCUGUAAUUGACCAGAUUGAUUGAAAUGCAUCCUGAAAGCACCAUUGCUAUUUUCUUGGCAGCGUGUCUAAACUCCGCGUGAUGGCGUGUCUUUGUAACUGUCAUCACAUCUACAUCCUUCUCCCCUAGUCCCAUCCCAACUGGGUUUUUUUAGGACAGAUAAAAUUACUGGCUGUAGAAAGAGGAGCAGGUGUUGGAAGAGCGGUGAGCUCCCUCUCCUUUGGACCAUGCCUUUUUAGUACCAGCAAUGACGACGUUUCACUCUCCGUGCAGGUCAGAAAUCGAUCUUGUACCACGGGGUGAAUUUGUGGUGGGGGAAACGACGGCACUUAGCAGUUGGUAACUUCUUUCACGUGCCUCCUAGAGCGACCGUAGACUUCAAAGUAGGUUCAGGAGAAUUGCUGCAGACCUCGGGUAACCCCAAGACCUCUGCUUUCCCAGUGGAAGGCGUCGGGAUUUCAUCUGGGCCGCUUAAGAAGAGCCCCUGAAAAUAGAGCCAACCGCUUGAAGGAAUCGUUCGAUCCCUUCCGAUCACCAAACUCAAAAAGUGGUAUCUUUCUUAAAAGCUCUUUUAUUUCCCCCCCCCCGCCCGAAAAAAUAAAUAAAUCAUAAUAUAAAAGCUGCUUGGAUUAACUGCAGAGAGGGGUGCUACCUUCACCUUGUCUGCAGCAAUUCCUCUGAAUUGUGUGUGGUUGUUUUUUAAAAAAGCGUGCACAGCCUUCGUGCCUUUUCGUCGGACGCUGAAGCCACUCUAAAUUUGGUGCCUUCCACGUGGAUUGGACCACCGUUCCCGUCACUCCCAGUUU